CCUUCCCAACACAAACACACACACGCACACACACACACACAUCCCCACACAUCCCCCCGCCCCAGCUCGCAUCCCAUUGGCGGAGCCGGCUGCCAGAGCCGGAGGGGUCCCGCUCGGAGGGCUCCGGUGAUUGGCUGGCCGGGUGUGCGUGUGCAGGCAGCGCAGCCUGUCCGUUUGAAUGUGCCGAGGACUUGUCGCGGAUCAUUUCCAUGGACCAUCUGUCUCGCUGGCCGCCCGCACAACAAAGAAGGACCCAGGAUGGUGUUAGUGCACGUCGGAUAUCUGGUUCUGCCCGUCUUCGGCUCAGUUAGAAAUAGAGGAGCGCAUUUCACCAGGCAUCACAAUAGCCAUGCUACCUCCUGCCGACACUUUCACCUGGGCGCUCCCCAGGCGCCCAUCUCAGCCGAGUUCCCUCUAGGACACGCCAGCCAGCCCCCUCAGACUGGCCUGGCCGCCCACCUACCCCCGGCACAUCACCCGCCCCUCACUGCCCUGCCUGCACCCCCCCAGUUCCAGGAUGUGCCGGGGCCGCCAUUCCUACCUCAGGCCUUACACCAGCAAUACCUCAUCCAGCAGCAGCUACUUGAAGCGCAGCAACGCCGGAUCCUCCCGCACUCCAGAAGAACCCAGGAGCGUAUUCCCCUGCACCCCCACAGACUGCGGUCAGGCUACGAAUACUCCCCUCCCCUCCAUGUUCCACAGCCAAUGACGCAGCAGCCACGGUACCUGGCCGAGGGCACUGACUGGGAUCUCAGCGUCGACGCCAGCCACCCUCACCACCAGUACCAGCUCCAGCAGCUUCCACAGCACUAUCAGCAUUACCUGGCCUCCCCUCGAAUGCACCACUUCCCCAGGAACACGUCCUCCGCACAAGUGGUUGUGCAUGAAAUCAGAAACUACCCGUACCCCCAGCUGCACCUGUUGGCGCUGCAAAGUCUGAAUCCUUCACGGCAUGCCACUGCGGUGCGAGAAAGUUACGAGGAGCUGUUGCAGCUGGAGGAUCGGUUGGGGAGUGUCAGCAGAGGAGCUGUUCAGACGACCAUCGAGAGAUUUACCUUCCCACACAAAUACAAGAAGAGGAAGCCACUGCAGCUGAAGAUUGGGGAGGACGAGGAAACGGAUGUGGAUGAGAAAUGUACUAUCUGUUUAUCAAUGCUGGAGGACGGAGAGGACGUCAGGAGACUGCCCUGCAUGCACCUCUUCCACCAGGGCUGCGUGGACCAAUGGCUGGCCACCAGCAGGAAGUGUCCAAUCUGCCGGGUUGACAUCGAGACACAGCUGAACCCUGACAGCUGAUAAGAUCCGAACCCCCCACCCCCUCUUCCUCCUCCUCCUCGCCCACUUGUCAAUCACGCUCGUGUGGUUCCUGCUUUCUUCCACCCCCCCCCCCGUGUUGGGUGCUUUGCCAAAUGUCUCCAGACUUCAUGUGACAUCACGACCCUUCUGACUCAUGCUUUACUGAGCCAAGCCUGGAUAACUAAACUGCACGAGAGGCCGCCACGGAGUCUCUUUAUAUAGAAGCACAUCCCUCUGGAAGCGAAACACAUGCAAACAUACACAUACACACACACACACACACUCGCAGUCCUGUACACAGGGUUUACUUGUAGCUUGCUGGUCGUACGUGGGGUGUUGUUGCUGUCGUAGUGUUGUACUGUAGGUGGCCUCGGGCUGUGUAGCAUGUCCUCAAAGCCAUGACUUAAUGUCCUGAAACACGUAACCCCACACUGAGCUGGCUACUUUCUCCCUCUCUCUUACACACACACACACACACACACACACACACACACACACACACACACACACACACACACACACACUUUUCAAACCCACCUCAAUCAACAUGAAUACUCUGCCACACAGGACAGCUUAACAGAAACGAAAUGCUCUGAUGCCAUGUUUACCUAAAGAUCAUUUGUGGUCGUAGUAGAGUAGCAGUAACCAACAAGUGAUAUCUGGUGCGCCGCCGCCAUCUCCGGUGGCGAGCGCCAGCUAGCUGAGUGUUUUUAAUUCUAUCAUGCAGCUUUGACAUUUUGCAAUACAGUAGUACAUUGACCUUGGGUCGGUGUCCCGUGCGAUGGCGUCUCGUGAGUAGGUCUCUCUUGCACUGCUGCGUAAACCGAGCCCAGUGACUUGAGUAGUCGUGUGGUUUCUUUUUUUUACAUUUGAAAAUAGGUAGAAAGUGUUUUACCAAAAUUAUUCUUUCUCUCCCCCACAGUGUAGCUUCAAACUGAUGCGCUGGUCCCACGUGUCUGUGCUCCGCCCUUGUGUGUGUGUGUGUGUGUGUGUGUGUGUGUGUGUGUGUGUGUGUGUGUGUGUGUGUGUGUGUGUGUGUGUGUGUGUGUGUGUGUGUGUGUGUGUGUGUGUGUGUGUGUGUGUGUGUGUGUGUGUGUGUGUGUGUGACGUAAAGAAUGUGGCUAACCAAUGUGUGAGCGUUGAACAAAGUGAAAAUAUGAGCGUGCGUUCAAAGGGUUUCAGGCAACACCGAGACCCGCUGUAGGUUAAUAGCAUGGCCACUGGAGCUCUUAUACAACACAAAGCCAAAAAAAAAGAAAAGAAAGGGGGGAUGAAAAAAGAAAACUAUCAUGCAUCGCAGAGCGAAGGUGGGAGGAAGAUUUAGCCGCCCUGUACCUGCACCUCCAUCUGGCGCGGGGCCAGUGGCAGAACACUGUGUUUCUGAAAAUGCAUGUUUCAUCGUCGACUUGGGCUGCUUGGAUUUCAAAAGGAGCAGAGAUGGCUGUGCCGACUUAGUUAACCUGAGCUGUGACUAUCGUCUGAACACUAACAAAGAAACAAACACACACACAUACAAAAAAAAAAUGAGCACGGUGUCAGCGGCGGAUCCCCUGACUGUGUAGCGUGUGUUCAUCCUGUCCCCCUCGGUGGCGGACAACGAGAUCCUCAUUUUUGACGUUGACCUUUUUGCCUAAAGAACAAGCACAUGUGACAAUAGUUACGGCAACAAACGUGUUUUUUUUUCUCGUUUUUUUCCCAUUGGUAUUGCAUUUGCGUUGGUUUAUAUUUAGGUAAAGAUUCAUGCAGUGUUUCAGCAGAGAGAGAGAGAGGAGCUUGUGUAUUGGUCUUGUGUAUUUGUGUGACAGACCUCCCCUCGUGGUUGCUAUGCUGGUUGCUAUACUGUAUUGCUAGAACAUGUAGAACGUGGUGCGACGGAGGCAGCCUCCCUCUCACAGUGCACACAGACACGAGGCGACACGACGGGCAGGAAAACAUUGGGGCUGUUAAAUCGAGUCUUGGUCUCACCUGUUUUCACUUCUUUCUUUUUUUUAGCCUUUGUGUCGGCCUGUCCUUUUCAGUUCCACAGGGCCGUGUGUUAAUGGCUGCUCUUAGGACCCUCACCGUCCUACGCACUGUGAUAAUUAAGGAUGGGACUUGGCCCCAGAGUCUCUCUCAGCCUCGCGGGCCAAGGAUCAAUCAAAAAAAGGAUUACUGCUCCCUGUCUUGUGCACUGCCAGUGUCGACACUGCCUCCUCCUGUAGUGGAGCCAUCCGUGAUGACGUUUUCAUAGUUUACACAGGGUGUUGUCAGUUGAGAUGCCUUAAGUAUUUAACAAUCAUAAUUUAUUACUAACUGUAGAUAUUGUGGGUAUGUAUUUAAUUUGUAUAGUAUUUUUUUUUUGGGAAUCCUAAUUUAUUUAUUUAGAAAUAACACAAAAAAAGGCUAUGAAAAAAAAACGAUUACCUCAUUUUUGCAUUGUUUUAAAUGGGAAUGCUUUGCAUGCAGUUGUACUUUUUAGAACACUGAAAGUUCGAGAUAAAAAAACAAACAAACCAUAGACCUGCUGUUUGACCUCCACUAGCUGGCUGUGCCAUGUGUACUGUCCAAGGCUGAGCUACUGAGCCCGCUCUGCGUCUCUCUCUCUCUCUCUCUCUCUGUCUCUCUUUAUGUCUCUCUCUCUCUGUCUCUGUCUGUCUCUCUCUCUCUCUCUCUCUCUCAUGUGGUGCUGUGGAUCUUGGUUACAUUCCAUUCAAUGCAAAUUCUCAGAUCCCCCAUGCUGUGAUGUAGUGGACGAACUGCAAUGACGUGAAUUAGUUUAAGAUUGUGAAUUUUUUGUUUUGUUUUGCACUCAUUUAAAACAUGGGAACCCUCUCACUGGCAAGAAAAGGUAGUUUAGAUAAUUCAAUAUUAUCACUAAACACUCUGGCUUUUUUCUCUUUUUUUUUUCUUCUAAUGCUCUGCUUCUCACAAUGCACUAUGGGUCUUAACAAUGAUCAUCUGUGAAGCAUGUUCCUCCGCUUUAACUCUUUGUAUCUAACUUAACAGUUUCAUUUCCUCUGGUGUUUCUCUUCAGUUCAUUUUCCAGAAUAGUUUGUAGACUUCAGCAUAACAAGUGCCUCGCUUUAAGUGUUAGGAGAUAUUUCCAUAUUACUGAAAAAAACAUUAACACGUAACAAUCAAUCCAUGAAGCCACCGCGCCUUAUUGGUUGCACGAUUAAUUCAGAGAAAGGAGUCACGCUGGAGCUAAGACAACAUUUGACAGGUGUCGACAAAAGCCAUUUUCCUCAAAACUUCCAGUCAAACUGUCCAAACUAGCUGUGGGUUUGUUGAGCUGGAGCAUCACUUAUGGCGGAAAUAGUUGGGACCGUAAAGAGGCAUGUUUCACUGUGGGCUUUAUAAAUGUUACAGUCAUCCUUCGUUUCUCUGUUCUGUUUAUCUUAUAUCUCCUAUUCUCUCCGCGUAUUUUUAUUUUAUUUUGCCGUCCAUCCCUCCUCUCAGAAUCUAUCCUCCGUUUCCUUUCAAACUCUAAAGGGAAGGCAAGGAUUUUAAAGCACAACCUUUUCUAAAAAUGCAUGUUUUCUCAGGUUUCAAUAUAGUCUCAAUGGUUUAAUAGUAUAUGGUGAAAAUAUAUACAAAGAAUAUAACAGAAAAAAAAAUAUGUUAAUUUUGUUGCUGCUUGAAUCUGAAAACAAAACUGAAGAGAAAAUCCCAAAAAGUGCCAGUGAAAGGGCUGCCGCCAUCCUCGUACGAAAAUCUGCUGUUUAGCUGUGACUGCGCAAUGUUUUUCAAUAUAGGAUAUUUUAUCUGAAAAUAGAACUAUUUAUCAUUAAUAUUAAAGCAAUAGCGCAUUAACGGUGAUGAGUGUGUUAAUGAAGAAGUGGAUGAGCGUAUUAUGGGUAAAUGUUAGAUUCACAUUUGGUGGAAUUUUGUACUUUAUUUAUUAUUACUACUAAUAAUAAUGAUAAUGAUUUCAAAAGUUGCAUUGCUAAACCCAAACUGUUUGGUUUGUUUUUUUAAUUUUAAUUUUAUUUCAUGGCUUGUAUAUUAUCCUUUUGUAUGUGCUCUUUUUGUAAUAAAUUGGAUAAAAUGGA